AUGGAAAAUGAAGAAAGAGUGAUUUGCUUAUGCCGAGAGUGUAAAAGAGAAAGAUAUGUAAGCCAAAGAACGGCAAGGCGACAUUCCUCACUAAAACGCAAAAUCGAUGAUGAUCAAGGAGAAGUACCCAAUCGCCCAUCUUUGGAAAGUAACAUCUUCAAUGGAUCUGAUCACACGUUGAAGCAGGCGAUUGCGAUGGUGAUGAAAAUUUAUUCGGAUUUUCCACAGGUGAGUCAAGCAGCAAUUACCUCGUUUCUUCAAGUUCUCAAGGAACUUUUCCCAGCAGGAAAUCUAGUUCCCGAGUCUUACCGAGCUGCGCACACGAUGAUCAAGAGUCAGCUUACUCCUGUUCAAGAGUUUCAUGUCUGUCCCAACGACCACGAUAUUUUCACUGGCGAGCUUUCGAAUGUCGAAAACUGCCCAACAUGUGGUACUUGCAGAUACAACAGUGAUGGAACACCAGUCAAAAAGUUCCAAUACUUGCCCCUGAUACCAAGGCUCCAAAGGUGGAGUCUGGUGCCCAAACUAAGAGAUCUUUUAAGCAAAGCAGCUCCCAAUGAUAUAAAUCCUUAUCUUCACCCACUCGUAGAAGAGCUGAAAGUCCUCGAUGAGGGCAUCCUCAUCGAUGACAAAGAAGCAACCACCCCGGCAACUACUCUGAAAGGGAGGUUAAUGGUAGGAAUCUACGAUACCCCAGGAAGAGCAAAAGUAGUUGUAAAGAAGGUAAUAUCUCUGCUCACGGAGCACCAGUCUGCGAAGAUGAUAAAGGCCGAGGGAAAAAGAAGAAAAAUUAGUAAGGAAGUUCCUGUCGUGCACCUUACGAAGGAAGAGCGUCGUGUUGCAGACACCCGCAUUCUCAACAUAAGAACUCCUAAGCACCUUGUCUUCAACCCCAAACCAUUCUUCUCCUCUUAUGUUUAUAUGAGGAGUGCAGACUAUAGAAAGCUUGCUACAGAGGGAAUAUUGAAGUACGCCUUGAGGGGAAUGCUUGGUGAACGUCAACGCAAAACUUUAUUUGCACUAUGCGACAGCAUUCGUGACUUGUGUUCCGGUAAAUGUGACGACGAAACCAUAGAUGCAAUGGACACUAAACUACAAGAAGUACUUGCAAGAGUGGAAAGAGAUUUCCCCCGAGGCCUGCAGACGAUUUGUUUCCAUCUGAUGCAUCACUUUCCCGAUGCCCUUAGACAACUUGGUCCUACAGUGGGAUGGUGGAUGUACCCUUACGAGAGGAUGUUGGGAAACAUUUCUCAAGGGAUCAGAAAUCGCAAAACACCAGAAGCAAAUGCAGUAGAGAACUAUCGCAUUUCAGAAUUCGUGAAGAUUUGCGAAAUGACAGGUGAAAUGCCUCAGCUAACCGACUCAUCCGCUCCACAAACACAAACAAAAAUCGUCACCACGUCAUCAAAGGAGGUGGUGAAUACAACCACAGAUUCUUCCGUAGUGUGCCUGGUAGAAGUAGGACGAAAUAAUGAGCACCAGACACACUUCGGACGAAUAGAAGUCGUGUCGGGGGAGGAGGCGUAUGUCGCUCGGUACGCAGACAUCCGGCUAGACACAGAGACAGACCUGAGGUAUGCGCCGCUACCCCAAACGAACAAAAGGAAAUCAACAAACACAAGAGGUGGAGGCGUUCUUAUUUCUGUUCGAUCACAUCUCCUACCACAACGCCUACUGGAUCUUGAAUCACCUGAUAUCGAGAUGGUCAUAUGUGAAAUAACUCUAAAGAAGAAGAUGAAAUGGAAUGUUUGCUCAGUCUAUAGACCUCCCAAUUCUAUAUGGUGGCCCUGA